UUUGUUGGAAUGGUCACAGUUUCAGUACGGCUCGAAACUCGAACGGAAGUGGAACAAACGAAGCGGAAACCCACACGAUACGAAUAUGGAAAAACUUUUUCAUCAACAACAAAAUAUAAUCAUGGCAAUUUGGUCAAUGUAAUAAUAUACAGCUAUGACUAAUUGUAAUUACAACUUGCGGCGCGCUUGAACUGAGCACACUUCAGUUCAGUUCAAUUCAGAAUUUCGAGUCUCGUGUCGGUUUUUUUUUUUUUUUUUGGCUGCAUUCAAAGUCAAGUGAAAUUUUUGUCGGUAUCUGUUGCGGUCGGUUUUUGUUGGCUUUUGUCGGUCUCGGUCUUUGUCUAAAGGAUUUGCACAAAGCACAUUAAAUUUUUGGACUUUGCUAAGAUGAUGACUGCGUGAAGAAAUCAAUAAGACAGGCAAGACGAGGCGAUGAGCAGCAGCUGCCAAAGCAUUGCAACGGCGGCGAGCAGUGCCGCCACCACAGCAGCUGCCGUCUCCAUCUCGGUGUCCAAUGCCACCUCGGUGGGCAGCCUCAUUGCGGCCGCCUGCAACCUGCAGCAGCCACCGACGUCGCACUAUGUCAAUGGAACGGGCAGCUUGGGUCGCCUCAAGUUUCAUCACAAGAGUCUCGAUGCCAGCGAUGAGGAGCUUGAGUAUACGCAGUUGUCGAAGUCCACACACAUCCUUGGACGCUACAAGUCGGAACGCUUUCUGGCCUCCAAGCCGGAUGAGGAUCGACGACGUCGCACCAUCAUUGUGGAGAAGAAGAACGAUUCCUAUGGCUUCACCCUGCAAAGCUAUGGCAUCCAUUACAAAUGCGACGAGGAGCUGGAGAUGAUUACCUAUGUGGACUAUGUGGAAUACGGUGGCCCAGCGUAUCGGGCUGGGAUGCGGGAGGGCGAUGUGAUACUCUCGAUCAAUGGCAACGAUAUGGAGAAGGCUGAUCACAAGACCAUUGUGGAGUUUAUCAAGAAGUGCGACAUGAGGAUGCGCAUGGUUGUGCUCUUCGAGGAUUGUGUGCGAAAGGUGGAUCUGCAUAUGCGCUACAUACAGCUUCAGACCUUGUUGCAGCAGAAGAUGAACGAGCUGGAGCGUGUGCAUCUCCGUGAACGUGAGCUGCUCGAGGGCAAGUGGAAGACGCACAGUUUGCCGGCACGCAAAAAGGCGAAUGCCAACACUUCGCCCAGCGAUGCUGAAGGCAUCUCACCCACAGAGUCAACGGCAGUCGAGGCGGGUUUCUAUCGCCCCGCACUGUCCACGGAGGAUGUACCCAAUUUGGCAAUGCGUCAGCAACCGAUAAUAAUACCGCCACCAGCGCAAUUUAUGCUCACCUAUCACUAUCUGGAUCCCACAUAUCGCUAUGUGCUGCGACCCACAACGCACGGCAAUGCGGACAACUAUAUUGAGGGCGGUGUGAUUGGUUUGCAGCGCAGCAGCAGCAGCAUCGAUCACCAGGCCACCCAACAGCAGCAACAGCAACAGCAGCAACAUUAUAUGAUGCAGCGGACCGAAUCGCUGGACACGAAUACAGCGAGUCAGGGGACGGCGAGCACCACGCAGCAGUAUCACAGCGCCAGCGCAGGUGGCGGGGGCGGUGGUGGAGUGAAGCCACCGGCGCCACCACCGAGGACCUGUGAGAAGCACAAGCCGCCUGCGAAGCCGCCAAAGUUGGAGAAGUCAAAGCAUUGUCAUGCCGGACACUCGUGCAAUCCCUGUGUGGGUCACUUUCGCUGGAAGUCUUCCGAUAAGUCAGUCGAAAAGUCGCACAAUAAUGGCGACAACGUUAGCCUCGAUGCCUACGAUUUGGCCAGUCCCUGCUGCGAUACGCAGUGUGUGCCCAGCAGGCGUCGCCAUCGCCAGCACAAGGAGCAUGUGCACAAGCACAAGCAUCGUGAACGCGAGCGUUCCGAGAGCAAACACUCCGCCGCCUCGCGUGGCAAUUCACAGACUCAACAACAGCAUGCCUCACCCAGUGCAAUGGAGGCCAAGUCGAUUGCCGCUGAGCGGCCGACGGGGGGACAUCAUCAUCAUCACCAUCAUCACAGGCAUCGGCAUGAUCAGACGCAGCCGGCAACGCAGUCGCAUCAUCAUUACCAUCAUCAAACCCCUCAAGCGCAUUCGCAAACGCAAUCCCAGGCGGGAAGCGUGCGUUCGCGUUACUUUGAUCUGGCCUCCGGUUUGGCCAGCCAUUGCAGUCUGCACUCGUGUACGUCGAGUGAGUUUGCGCCAGCGGAUUCCGCCUCCUAUACCACCUCCAUCAGCACGGACACACUGUUCUGGGAUCCCAAGAGCGACGCAGCGCAGCAAGCAUCGCGUCAGCAGUCGACCAAGUCGCGUCAAUCGUACGAACAGCAGCCAACUCAACAGCAACAGUUGCAGCAACAGAUGCAGCAACAACAGCAGCCGCAUCCACAUGUGCAUGCUCAUCAUCAUCAUCAGCAGCAACAGCAGCAGCAGCAUUAUCAUGUGACCACCACACAGAUGCAACCGUCCCAGAUCUAUCCCAACACCAUGACCUAUGUGCAGAAGCCCAAGUCGUGGGAUAAUCUGGCCAACAAAGCGCUCGUCGGCCAAGGCUAUGGCUAUGGUUAUCUUGAUACGGUGGCCAUGACGCCACCCGUCAAGCUGCAGCUGGCCCAGCAACGUCAUUCGAUGCCCCGUCGCAAUCCCUAUGGACGUUUCUCCACCUACGGCGAUGUGGAGAACUAUGCACCGCCACCCACUGAGUUUGUGGGUGAGCUAACAACCACCACGACCACAACGAUCACAGCCAAGUCCACGGAGCAGUUGCUGGCUGCAUGCGAUUGUCUGACGCCGCAGCAGCAACAGGCGUUGAAGGCAGCUCAAUAUCAGUUGAGCCAGAAUCAGAAGUUGUCGCAUCACAACACCUGUCAAAUGGGUUAUUAUUCGCAUCUGCCCAGACCCACGGCCGAUGUGGGCAUCUCAGUGGGUCAGCAGCCCCACCAGACGACGCCAUCGAAUAAUGGUUGCGAUGUGUCCACAGUAUCGGAGGCGACGCGACUGUAAAGCGUGUCUAUUUGAUCAACCGUCUUUUGGAGCGGAGUUCACAACGAAUGCCCUCGCUAUAAAAUGCUCAAUAUAUACACUAUAUAUACUAUAUAGACACAUAUCCAUCAUUCAUUUGUAAACUUAUGUGAGCAUUCAGUGUGAGACUCCGUGAAUACUUGUACAUCGAAAUAAUUAGCAGCCAAAUUUUUUAAACUUUUAACUUGCACUUCCCAAAGAGAACAUAUUCCAUAUUACCGAUUACCGAUUACCACAGGAAUCGGACCAGAUCGAUAUACAUACAUACGAGUACGAUACAUAUAUACGAUAACUAGACGCAUUGCAGUUACGAAUUUUUGUUUUCGGAUUUUUGUUAAAGACUGAAAGCUACGCGUAUAUUUUAAAAGAGAGGUUUAAGAUCUGGCGUCAGUAAAAACAUAAGUAGUUGAAAUACUUAUAACAACAACAAG